GGCAAGAAAGGCUUAAGAAGCAUACAGUGACUUCUCAACUGCCAUAAUGAGCAGUGUCACGUUAACUAACGUAUUUUCUUUCGUCCCACCUGUGGUGGGUCUCCUGUGGGCCAUUAAAGAGUUGGUCUAUGUUCGCAGCAUCAAGCUGGCCGGUCCCUACAAGGGAAAGUCUGGCAUGCAAGACUCUCUUGUUGCUGGUGAUGCCCGUGAUGUUCAGAAGAUCCUCCUCGCCAUGCGUGAGAUCUCUUCCAACAUCGCUGAGGGUGCAAACGCAUUCCUCAUUGCCGAGUACAAGUACAUGAUGGUCUACGUUCUCGUCUUUUCCGUUAUCAUCUGGCCCUGCAUCGGUUUCGGCACUAUGUUGUCAUUCGUUGUGGGUUCCAUUACCUCUAUCGCUUGCGGGUACAUCGGAAUGAAGACCGCUGUAUACUGCAACGUCCGUACUGCUCAUGAGUGCUGGAAGAACCUCUCUGAUGGUUACGAUGUUGCACUUCGCGGCGGCUCCGUCAUGGGUUUCGCUCUCGUGUCUUUGGCUGUUCUCAACUUGGCUAUUCUCGUUACCAUCUAUAACGUUCCUUCUUUCUAUAACGGUGAUCUUCGUGCUCUUUACGAGGCUCUUACCGGUUAUGGUUUGGGUGGUUCCUCUAUUGCUCUCUUUGGUCGUGUUGGUGGUGGUAUUUACACCAAGGCUGCCGAUGUUGGUGCCGAUCUUUCUGGUAAGAAUGAGUACGGCCUCGAUGAGGAUGAUCCGAGGAACCCCGGCUGUAUCGCCGAUAACGUUGGAGAUAACGUUGGUGAUAUCGCCGGUAUGGGCGCUGAUUUGUUCGGUUCUUUCGCCGAGUCUACUUGUGCUGCCAUGGUCAUCUGCUCUGCUGCCCCCGAUGCUCUCGUGUCUGGUGAGUGGUCCACCAUGUUGUUCCCCUUGAUGGUAUCUUCUGUUGGUAUCCUUGUUGGUCUCGUCACCAUGCUCACUGUCAACAUCUUCUACAAGGUUAAGGAGAUCCCUGACAUCGAGAAGGCCCUUAAGGGUGUCCUUGUCAUCUCCACCUUGUUGCAGACACCUACCGUCAUUGCCCUUUCCUGGUGGGCUCUUCCAGCUGGCUACUUCGCCAUUGACGAGGCUCAUCCGGCUUGCUCUUGGAUUAAGUGCGCUGUGUGCAUUCUCCUUGGUCUUUGGUCUGGUCUCUGCAUUGGCUACACCACUGAGUAUUACACUUCUCAGACCUACAAACCAGUCCGUGAGAUCGCCGAGUCCGAGGGUAUCUCUGCUGCUACUGGUAUCAUCUACGGUCUUGCCGCUGGUUACGUUUCGUGCAUCGUUCCCGUAAUCUGCCUGGCUAUCACUAUCUGCGUCGCUCACUCCGUCGCUGGUAUGUUUGGUGUCGCUCUUGGUGCCCUCGGUAUGCUCGGGACUCUCACCAUGUCCCUCACCAUUGAUGCUUAUGGUCCCAUCUCUGAUAAUGCCGGUGGCAUCGCCGAGAUGUCCGAGUUGGGCCCUGAAGUCAGGGAGCUCACUGAUGCUCUUGAUGCUGCUGGUAACACUACUGCUGCCAUCGGUAAGGGCUUCGCUAUCGGCUCUGCCGCUCUUGUGUCCCUCGCCUUGUUCGGCGCUUACACUGUUCGUGCUGAAAUCUCCAAGGUCAACAUCCUUGACCCUUGGACUUUCACUGGUCUCCUCUUCGGUGCUAUGAUGCCUUAUGCUUUCUCUGCUAUGACUAUGAAGUCUGUUGGUAAGGCAGCCAACCAGAUGGUCGAGGAGUGCAUGUCGCAGUUCCCCAAGAUCAUCUCUGGUGAGAUGAAGCCCAACUACACUAAGUGCAUCAAGAUUGCCACUGAUGCCUCUCUUAUGGAGAUGAUUGCUCCUGGUUGCUUGGUCAUCCUCUCUCCCCUCGUCGCUGGUCUUAUCUUCGGUAAGAACUGCACUGCCGGGCUCCUGUGCGGUGCUCUCGUCUCUGGCGUCCAGAUGGCCAUUUCCAUGUCCAACACUGGUGGCGCUUGGGAUAACGCCAAGAAGUACAUCGAAUCUGGUGGUCUCGGUCCCGAGUGCGGCAAGGGCUCUCAGGCUCAUAAGAACGCUGUCACUGGUGAUACCGUCGGUGACCCGCUUAAGGAUACCUCCGGUCCCGCCAUCAACAUCGUUAUCAAGCUCUCUGCCAUCAUGUCUCUCGUUUUCGGUGGCGUUAUCGCCAAGACCUCCAACGAGAAUGGUGGUCCUUUCUGGUUGUAAGCCUAUUCGUAUGCAUAGAUUACAUUCACUUACUCGCUGUUCCUAAGUUAGUAAUGCUAGUUUCUUUCCGGUGUGUGUUCGGAUAGGUA